AUCAACUUUAGUUGCAAAAAACACCUAGAAGCGACACUCAUCUCUGCCACCUUCCCGGCGACUUUUUCCCCUAGCCGGGAUUUCAAAUUCCGGCAACGUCUGCCAAAUUUCUGACCAAAUUUCUAUCUCUCUUUUUUUUAUUUCUUUUUUCCUAUCUUCCACAUCCUCAUAAGGAUUUUCACUGAGUUUUUUUUCUAGUAACCUUCUGUCUAGCUAGCCCAAAAACAAAAACUCUUGAAUAAAACCAGUUUGACAAACUAUAAAUCGCUCUCGUUGAGGAAUCAAGGUAAUAUAGGUGGUGGUGUGAUGGGAUUUUGUAUCUGCCCGUUAGAGACUCCGGCGAGGUUACUUUGGACCACUAGCUUCUUCCGCCACAAGCUCAUGAUCUUCUAAUCUCUGCCCCUCCCACAACCCAAGAACACAAAAUAAUAAUAAUAUUAAGAAAGAAAAAACCAUAUACUUACUAUAAAACCCCACUACAAGAAUCUUUCUGUGCCCUCACCGGAACCAUAUAACUCCGGCUGGAAUCGACGACUGCAAGUGAUCGCCUGAGAUCAUAUCAAGCAGAGAUUACAGAGAGACAGUGAUUAAAAAAAAAAAAAAAACAAAAAAACAAAAAAAAAAAAAAAAAAGGAAGCUAUCUUUUUGUGAUGAUGGAAUCGGGCCGUAUUUUCUUCGACCCAACUUCCGGUUGCCAAGGUGGCAACAUGUUGUUCCUUGGAAAUAGCGAUCCUGUUUUUCGAGGGCCAAGAUCAAUUAUGGGCAUAGAAGAAACCUCAAAGAGGAGACCAUUCUUCAGCUCACCGGACGAACUGUACGACGAGGAAUAUUACGAUGAGCAGUUGCCGGAGAAAAAACGCCGCCUCGCUCCUGAGCAGGUACAUCUGCUGGAGAAGAGCUUUGAGGCAGAGAACAAACUGGAGCCGGAGAGAAAAGCCCAGUUGGCCAAGAAGCUAGGACUGCAGCCCAGACAGAUUGCUGUUUGGUUUCAAAACAGGCGUGCUAGAUGGAAGACUAAGCAGCUUGAAAGGGAUUAUGAUCUUCUCAAAUCUACUUAUGACUCUCUUUUGGCUAAUUAUGACUCUAUUGCCAAGGAGAAUGAGAAGCUCAAAUCUGAGGUGAUUUCCUUAACAGAGAAACUUCAAGCUAAAGAUCAGCAGGCCGGAGCACCGGUUCAGGCACAGAAUAAGUCCGAACCCAUUCCAGGGGACAUGGCUGAUAUCGUCGGAAGUCUCCAUUUCAACGUGAAAGUUGAGGAUCGACUGAGCACCGGCAGCGGUGGAAGUGCGGUGGUUGAUGAGGAAAGUCCAGUUCAACUUGUGGACAGCGGAGAUUCAUACUUUCAAAGUAACCAAUACCCUGGAGGAGGAGGAGGAUGUGUAGGUCCAGCAGUUGAUGGAAUACACUCGGAAGAAGAUGACGGCAGCGACGACAGCGGUCGGAGUUACUUCUCGGAUGUGUUUGCAGCUGCAGAGCAGAAACAGCAUGAAGAGGGAGAGUGUUUGGACUGGUGGCCGGUGUGGUCUUAAUUAUAAUAAAUAAUAGUAAUAAUAAUGAUAUUCAGAGGGUAGAUUUCAUUUCCAUGCAUGAUUCUACUAUUAAAAAUUAAAAAUAAAAAAAUAAAAAGGAAGUGGAUAUGGUUGGUUGUUUUUUCUUGUAUGUCAAAUAUGUGAAAUUAUAUGACAUAUAUCAGGGAGUACCGAACGAUCGGGAGGUAGUUGCUUUAGGACAACUAGUUUACUUAUGUCUGCAAAACAAUAUAUAUAUAAUAUAUAUAUAUAUAUAUAUAUAUAUAUAUAUAUAUAUUUGUGAAAGUUACUCAAAUGGGAUAAGAUCCUAAAGGUGGAUGUAGUGGCUUUCUUUCAAUAAGAUUUUAUGUGUCUGGUUAAUGGCCUUA